UGGUUCCAGGUUAGAAGCAUGAAGUGGCUUGGGAUCCUUGGGCUGGUGGCCCUCUCAGAGUGCCUAGUCAUAAUCCCUCUAACAAAGAUCAAGACCAUGCGAGAAACCCUCAGAGAAGAAAACCUGCUGACACAUUUCCCAGAGGAGGACACUGAUGACACAUCCCACAAUGCCAGUGAUGACUCGAAUAAUUCUCUUCAACCUCUGAAGAACUACUUGAAUCUGUGCUAUGUUGGCAACAUCACCAUUGGAACACCCCCUCAGGAGUUCAGGAUCAUCUUUGACACCAGCUCAUCUUUCAUGUGGGUGCCCUCCAUCAAGUGCUCCAGUCCCUCCUGCCGUACACACAAUCUCUUCAACCCUCUGUUGUCCACCACCUUUCGGCUCUCAAGUCAGGCUUUCAACCUAAAAUACGGCGCUUGGAGCAUUGAAGGAAUUCUUGCCUAUGACACCGUUCGGAUCAUGAACCUUGUCGACCUGGGCCAGAAAUUUGGGCUGAGCGUGAACCAGAGUGGGUUGGAUCAUGCAAUCUUUGAUGGUGCCCUGGGCCUGGGCUUCCCCAGCCUCGCUUCCAAAUGGAUCACUCCUGUUUUCGACAACCUGAAGACACAAGGCAUUAUUUCUCAGCCUGUCUUUGCCUUCUACUUGAGCAUCAGGAAGGAGAAUGGCAGCGUGGUGAUGUUUGGCGGGGUGGACCAUAGCUACCACAAAGGGCAGCUCAAGUGGAUACCAGUGUCCCGAAACCACUACUGGCAGAUAAAUAUGAACCGCAUCACCAUGAACGGAGUGGUUGUUGGUUGUUACCGUGGAUGCCAGGCUGUUCUGAAUACCGGGAGUACCUUGCUGGCUGGCCCAACUAGACUGGUCACUGCCAUCCAGAAGCUCAUCAAUGCCACACCUUUCGGUGAACAGUACCUGGUUCCAUGUAGCAACAUCCAGAGCCUGCCCACUAUCAUCUUCACUAUCAAUGGCAAUGACUACCCAGUGCCCGCUGAAGCCUACAUCUUGAAGGGUCCUCACAGCACCUGUGUCAGUUGUUUUCAAGGCGGCACAGAGAACUGGAAGCGUUCGGAGACCUGGGUCCUUGGUUCUGCCUUCUUGAGGCUAUAUUUCUCAGUUUAUGAUCGGGGAAACAACAGGGUUGGCCUGGCUCCUGCAGUGUAA